UCCAGAUUGUAGCGCUACAUGACACCCAUGCGUCACGCCCUCUCGCACUCACCGCGAUCUGCUCACUGAAGAACACUGCACUCUGCACUGACGCUCUGCGCACGCAUGUGAGAGAGCUGCCCACAAAUCUGAGAGGCAGAUAGAUAAAGGCCAUGGAGGAGAGUAGAGAUGGAAGCAUUGCUGAUGGGGAAGCUAUGGAACCAGAGGACCAGAAAGGGAGUGCUGAAAAAAGACCUGAGGACAGGGAGAAAUGGGCCAACAAGACUGAGUUCCUGCUGUCCAUGGCUGGAGAGAUCAUCGGCCUGGGGAACGUGUGGCGCUUCCCUUACCUGUGCUACAAAAAUGGAGGCGGUGUUUUCUUCAUCCCUUAUUUCAUCUUCCUCUUCUUUUGUGGAAUCCCAGUAUUCUUCCUUGAGACGGCAUUAGGUCAAUACACCAGUGAAGGGGGUAUCACUGCUUGGAAAAAAAUCUGCCCCAUGUUUGAAGGUGUAGGUGUUGCCUCCCAAGUUAUAGUGAUUUAUCUGAAUAUAUAUUACAUUGUGGUCCUGGCCUGGGCUCUGUUUUAUCUAUUCAAUUCUUUUUGGAGUACUCUACCUUGGACUUCCUGUGACAAUUAUUGGAACACAGUGAAUUGCCACAAUAUAAGUGCUACCUACACAGGUUUACUCAGACCUGACGCUGACUGGUCUUUCCUCUACAAUGAAACGGAUAAAUAUGGUGACAACUACAGCAUGAGUUUUCAAAAUGAAUCUGGAUGGCCACCUUUUAAAUUGAUCUCCCCAGAACAAGAGUACUGGUUCCAUCGUAUGUUGCGGGUGGCGGACAGUGGUGGUCUGGGGAGUGUAAAUGCUGAUCUUGCCAUGUGUCUUCUUUUGGCUUGGGUCAUCUGUUAUUUCUGCAUCUUUAAAGGAAUCAAGACUACAGGCAAGGUUGUUUACUUCACUGCUACAUUCCCCUACUUAAUGCUGUUCAUACUUUUCAUCAGAGGAGUGACUCUGCCAGGAGCUGCAACUGGAAUUACUUAUUAUCUGUAUCCUGAUAUCAGUAAACUCUCUAAUCCUGAUGUAUGGCGUGAUGCAGGCACUCAGGUGUUUUUCUCCUACGCUGUGUGUCAAGGAGUCCUAACAGCGCUGGGCAGUUAUAACAAAUACAACAAUGAUUGCUACAAGGACUGUAUAGCACUCUGUAUUCUGAACAGCUCCACCAGCAUCUUUGCUGGAUUUGUUGUCUUUUCUAUUCUGGGGUUCAUGGCCCAUCAGUUAGGUUUACCCAUGGAAGACAUAGCAUCAUCAGGUCCUGGACUAGCUUUCAUAGCAUAUCCUAGAGCCCUCUCUCUGUUACCUGGACCCCAGUUCUGGUCUGUUCUUUUCUUUUUUAUGGUACUUCUUCUGGGCCUUGACAGCCAGUUUGUGUGCGUGGAGAGUUUAGCCACAGCUCUCACAGACCUAUUUCCUGGAGUUCUAAGGAAGCGACGAGAGCUUUUGGUGUUAGGAAUCGCCGUCAUCUGCUUCUUACUGGGUCUGCCAUUCAUCACAGAGGGAGGAUUCCAUCUGUUUACUGUGAUGGACACCUAUGGCCCGAGUGGAACUAACCUGCUCUUUAUCGCCUGCUUUGAGACGAUUGUUGUCGCAUGGGUUUAUGGUGCAAACCGUUUCUAUGACAACAUUGAGGAUAUGAUAGGAUACGCACCAUUCCCUGUGCUGAAGUACUGCUGGCUCUUCAUUACCCCUCUCAUCUGUGCUGCUACUCUGCUGUAUAACCUGCUGGGUAGUAAAUCUGUGUCUUCAGCUGAUCUCUUUGUGCCGGACUGGAGUUACAAGUUGGCACCUUUGCUCACAGUCAUUCCUAUGGUUUGCAUCCCAAUCUUCUUGUUCGUCUCUUUAGGAAGGGGUCGUGACAUCAUCACUCCCUCUAGUGACCUGAAGCAGCUCCGACCAAACAGUCCACGCCUCACACUGUUUAAUCGCGUAAUCAUUAAACCACAGAGAUCUCGACACAUUCAGGAAGAUGGUGAAGAGAAAGCAAACAAAGAACACAUCAGUGGAGUUUGAGAAGGCAGAACGAUGAUUUAAUUUCAGGUUAUAUAUUAUAUAUAGGACUUUAUAUUAAAUAAUAUCUUUGACUUGAAUAAAAUCAAUUAAUCUAAAUAUAAAGUAUAUAUUAGAUUUCUUGACAACACGUUUCAUUACAGUGUAUGAGACUGCUCAUAUGAAAUACACAUCACUCAGGAUGUCAAAUGAACAAAGUUCCAGCUGGAAAUUUGACUGUGUUAAUAUGCAUAAUUAAAGGGAUAAUUCACUCAAAAAUGUAAAUUUGCUGUUAAUUUACUCACCCUCAGGCCAUCCAAGAUGUAGGUGACUUUUUUUUCUUUCUUUUUUUUCCCCAGUAGAACAGUAAAGAAGAUUUUUAGCUGAAACCGUGGUCCUUGGUGAUUCAUAAAAUGCAAAUCAGUGGCUACCCAUUUCUGAGAAUGAAAAAAGCAUAUCAAGGAACACAAAAUCAAUAUCCGUGACUCCUGACAGAACAGCAACAAUUUAAGUUUUUGGGUGAACUAUCCCUUUGAGAGUACUGAGUGAUUUUUAUGAGUCUUCAUUCUUUUCUCAGGAGAAAUUAAACUGUUUGUAUGAGUUCAAACUGAGGGUUAGUGCAGCUGAGUAAAAAUAGCAACUUGAUUUUAUAUAUUAAAUUUAUAUGACAACGCUAUGAGAACUCAUAGAGUUCAUUUUAGUGUAAAUACGAUAAUUUUUCUCAUUUAUAUUUGUCAUCUCUCUCUCUCUUGGAAUAUCACACACACACACACACACACACACACACACACACACAUAUAGAUAGAUAGAUAGACAGACAGAUAGAUAGAUAGAUAGAUAGAUAGAUAGAUAGAUAGAUAUCUUUUUUUUAUUUCUCAAAAAUGUCUCAAUAUAUUGGUGACUGAAUCAUUCUUCAGAACCACAGAACCACUCUUUUUAUUUUUUAACUAGAUUCCUCAAUACCACUUUUCUAUCCCAUUUCUGUAAUACAAUGUAGUUUUUGAUACGUUCUCACAUUAAACAUACUGUUCUUUCUUCUUCUUUUUUUCCAAAUAUAUUUUUCUAAACUUAGUUCAAAUAGUCCAUUCUUUUUUAUGCUACAUAUAUGAUAUAUUACUAUUAUAUUAUGUGUCCAAAAAUAAGUGGACUUCUAAUUUACAACUCUAAAACAGAUAUGAUCUACUAAGAACAGUUUUAAAUACUUUUUUUUUUACUGAAUUUUAAUAAAAAUCAUAAUUCCUGUACAGGGACAUCAAUAUCUCUUUCUCUUUCAGUCAGUCAUUAGCUGUUCUCAUCUGAGCCUCUCAUCCAUGUAAUCUGAAAGGACAUUCAAUUAACAGAUAAUGUCAUAUGAUGGCUUUAGGGUCUAUCACUGCCUGUCAUAACACAAAGGGGCAGGCUUAAUGGAGGAGUUUACUCUGGGGAACCAAUUAGAGAGCAGCUCUCAAAGGGAGGAAUGUCUGAUGUUUCAAGGGAACCAGUUUAUGGACAUUUUGAGGAGUUUAGGGUUAAUUAUCAGCCUUAUAGGUCAAUAUUUUGACACUCUUUUGUUAUUAUAGAAUAGGAAUUCCAGCAUAUAUUGAUAAUAAUAUAAAAAUAAUUAAAUCCAGUUUACUUGCAUAAGUCAAAUAACCUUUAUUUAUAGAGUGCUUCAUAUAAUACAGAUGGUUUCAAAGCAGUUUCACAGGGAUAAACAGGAAAAUAAUGAUUCAUUGAUGCAAACACAGAUCAAUUCUGCUGUAAAGCAGAAAUAGUGUCAUUGUUCAGUUGAGGUCAGUUCAGUGUUGAUUCAGUUCUAAAUAUAAAACAACAUAAAUUAUUACAUUUCUAGAACACAUGGAAUCCAGUGAAUUUGCAGUAGAUUAUCUGGUCAACACAACUGGCUAAUCAAAGUAUUUAUUCUUGUUUCUUCUUGUUUAAUUUGUUUAGCUGCAUGUCAUGUGACUAUUAACCAAUGUUAGAGAACUGUGAACACGCAAAUGUGAUGCGUAAUUAUUAAAACAUUUAUUUUCAAAUAUCA